UCUUCUCGUCCCUUCCAUAUGCCAGACCAAAACCACUUCUUCUCUCUCUAUAACAAACAGUAAUAUUAUUUUAAUAUUAAUUCAGUCCUGUGAAUCGACGUUUUCAGUUGCGUUUGUUGCCGUUUUAUUCGUUUCAUCAGAACCAGAAAAAAAUUAUUUGCUAAACCCUAACAUUUUCCCUAUUUUUCUUGUUAUAAUUCAAACAGUAGAUCUAUUUUUGUUCUGUAUAUACAUGCAUGUUUUGUAAAAACUAUCGACGUUUAUAUAGAUGUAGUAUAGAAAGUAAUUUGGAGGGCGGUGUAUUCAGAUCUGUGGUGUAUUUUCAGAUUUAAAACUAGUUUCGUUUCUAUACGUGGUUUCUUGUGUUGAAGAGGUAGACUAAUUGGAUAUUAAUUCGUAGUCUGUGUUUGAAUUGAAAUUCGAAAUUUGAAAAACAGUUCCGGGGUUUAAGAGUUGAGUCUGUUCGAGAUUUUAUUUCUUUCAGUCGCUAACGUGGAUAAAAGAAGUCGUGGAGUGUUUUAUUCGGAUACUCAAUUCUUUUAAAAUUUCCUGCGGUGGGAAUUUCGGACACGUGGUAAUUGUUGGAGAAAAUUGGAAGCUGAAGUUUGAUAGAUAAUCACCCAUAUAAUCACGUACUUGAGUGCCUUUUUGUUAUCAGCAUGACUGCAUCUUUGAAUGCUGCGGCCUUCUGUAUGCGGGUGGUUCAAUAUUAAUUCUGUAUUAGUAGAGGAGGUAUAUCUGAAUGGGGGAAGGUGAAGGUGAAGUUUGCAUGUCGGUUUUGAACGAUGGAAUGGAGAUCGACAAGCAAUUCGAAGUGAAGAGCGACCAGAUAUGGAUGUUGGAUGGUGCUGAAGUAGAACCUCAUGCGAAGAGACAGGCAACGGAAUCUCGUUUUCAAAGAAAGGCAAGUGAAGUUUUGAAUAAAUCUGAGUUAGAGCAUAUUAUUGAGAGCCAGAGUAUGGAAAUUUUGAACAAUAACAAGUUAGAGCAUUCCGAAGGGAAGAUAAAAGAAGUUUUCAAUGGUACUGAAAAACCACCUUGGGCUGAAAGCCAGGCAGAGGAAGUUCCAAAUGAUUCAGAAUCAAUACCUUUAGCUCAUACCCAAGACAAAGGAGUUGUAAAAAGUAGUGAAUUAGAUGCUUGCGCUCAAGAUACAAGAGAGGAAGUUUUGAACAGUAGGGAAUUGGAGCCCUUUGUUGAAAGUGACGAAAAUGAAGCUUUUAAUGAAAAUUGUGACCAAAGUCUGUUAAAAGAAUUAAAUGGUGUUAAACUAGAGCUGAAGGAAGCAAAAAAUGACCUUGAGGUGGAACAUUCUGCUGAUAAUCAUGUUAUGAAAGCACUAGAUGAUGGUGACUUGGAGCAUUUUUCUGCUGAAAAUAAGGUGAAAGAAGCACCAAAUGAUGUUGAAUUGGAGCCUUACGCUAAUAAUCAAGUGAAAGAGGUGUCCAAUGAUGAUAUUUUAUCUGAAGUUUCAAACCCAUUUCUGUCUCUUAACGACGUUACUUCAAAUGUGACUACUAUUAGCCAACAAGCUGAAAUGGUUGGAAAGGACCACGAUGGUUCUGGAGAAAUUUUAUAUACAUGUUCCCAAAACUUGAGCAACGGAAGCUUGUGUGAGGAAGAGCACAAUAGAAAUCACAUGUCAGAAUCAGUCACCGUUUCCCGAGUUGUGCUUGAAAUUCCGAAGGAUGUUAGCACCACUGGUAUCAGGAAGAUCACAUUUAAGUUAAGCAAACCCAAGGAGGAUUCUAAAAUUUACUUGUCGGUUCCUGCUGCUGAGCCUGUGACUAAUAAUGGAUUUCCCAUUCACUAUGUUGAAAAUCCAUUACACGGUCCUGUUUCUCGGCCCACACCUACCAAUCUCUACAAAAAUGCGUGGAAUGCAAUUGAUUUUGGUGAUAUAAACAGAGUAAUGAAUUCAUGCAAAGAUGUGAAUGAUUUUCAUGAAACCCAAAGUCCUUUCCCAUGUGUACCCAACAGGGAAUUGAAGAUGACCAAGAAGGUAAUCCCAGAGAAUUACCCGACAAAUGUUAAAAAGCUUCUGUCUACUAGAAUUCUGGAAGGAGCAAGAGUGAAGUAUAUGUCUAUUUCCAGGGAGAGGGAGGUUCCAGGAAUCAUAAAAGAUGGUGGUUAUUUAUGUGGUUGUUCAAUUUGCAACUUCUCUAAAGUGGUUAGUGCACAUGACAUCCCACAUGGCUAUCUUAGUGGGCAAGUUGGUAUGCUCCUGAUGGUUUUAAUUACUUAUCUUGGGCUAUUAGAGAUGGACAUGUUUUGUCUGUUUAUGCAUUCUAAUGUUCUCUUGGAUGUUGCAGCAAAUCUUCAACGUGGUAAUGACACGGUCUAUGCCGACCAAAUUCAUUACAGCCAUCCUUUUGGCACAAAUCCCUCCACAAUUAGCCAUCUGAGUCAGACUACUGAAGACUCUGUAGUGGCCCCAGCAGAGCAGAAGCGCUUGAUCAAAAAGCCGAGACACUAUUUUUCUAGUUCAGUUGGAGAACAUAAGAGAUCUUCUGAAGGUGGCACAAAAAAAAGGGACAAUGAUUUACAUAGAUUGCUUUUCAUGCCAAAUGGACUUCCGGAUGGGACUGAUUUGGCUUACUAUUCGAGAGGAAAGAGGAUUCUUGGUGGUUACAAGCAAGGGAAUGGUAUAGUCUGUAGUUGUUGUAACACUGCGAUUAGUCCUUCCCAGUUCGAGGCUCAUGCUGGAUGGGCAGCAAAACGUCAACCAUAUCGUCAUAUCUAUACAUCCAGUGGCUUGACACUUCAUGACGUAGCUUUGAUGUUGGCAAAUGGUCAAAAUCUUGCCACUGGUAGCAGUGAUGAUAUGUGUGCUGUAUGCGGGGAUGGAGGUGAACUUAUUAUAUGUAAUGGUUUCCCUCGAGCUUUUCAUGCAGCUUGUUUGGGUUUACAGUGUCUCCCCGCCUAUGAUUGGCACUGUCCAUUCUGCAGAGACAAAUUUGGACCUUGUAAGAGAGCAGCUGGGGAGUCAAGACCUAAUAUCAUUCGGCUGACAAGAGUUGUUAAAGCACCAGAGUCCGAACCUGGUGGUUGUGUUGUAUGCAGGUCCCAGGACUUUAGUGCUGCGAACUUUGAUGAGCGAACCGUGAUACUCUGUGAUCAAUGUGAGAAGGAAUACCAUGUCGGCUGCCUGCGGGAAUCUGGGCUGUGUGAUCUGAAAGAACUGCCCAAGGAUAAAUGGUUUUGUUGUGAUGAGUGCCAUAAGAUUUAUGCGGCACUUCAGAACUUUGCUUCCAGUGGGCCUGAGGUGAUUCCAGCUACUGUGUUAGCUGCACUAGCUACGAAACAUGCAGAGAGAGGUCUAAGUGAUGGCUACAGAAAUGACAUUCAUUGGCAAAUUUUAAGUGGAAAAAGUCGCUAUCCACAGCAUUUGCUUCUGCUUUCCCGUGCUGCAGCAAUCUUUCGUGAGCGCUUUGAUCCUAUUACCGCCAAAUCUGGUCGAGAUCUCAUACCUGUUAUGGUGUAUGGGAGAAGCAUAUCUGGGCAAGAAUUUAGUGGGAUGUAUUGUGUUGUUUUAAUAGUAAAGUCAGUAGUUGUAUCAGCUGGUCUUGUCCGGAUUUUUGGGCCAGAGGUAGCAGAGCUUCCUUUAGUGGCGACAAGUAGAUCGAAGCAAGGAAAAGGCUAUUUUCAAGCACUGUUUUCUUGCAUUGAGAAUCUACUUUCUUCUAUGAAUGUAAAAACUUUGGUACUCCCUGCUGCUGAAGAAGCUGAAUCUAUGUGGACAAAGAAGUUAGGCUUCAGAAAGAUGAGUGAUGAACAAAUGUUCAAGUAUACGAGGGUCCUUCAGUUGACAAUAUUUAAGGGGACAUCAUUGUUGGAAAAGGAGGUGCAGCCGGCAGCAGACCAGUCAUGUUCACCUUGAAGAACUUGGAGCACAUAAUUCCCUACUCGGCCUCUAGAUUUGCCCUGUAAUGGUCAAUUCCAAGGAACCUUCACUUGCUACAAAAGAAAGUCGACCUUGAUACGUAGGUGGACUAAAGUGGAGAGCGUCAUUGGUUCAUUGCUUAAAAGUAUGCGUUGGGAUUCCACUUGGUUUUAACUGGAAUCUGAAUAAACUGCAAAGUUGCGACUACAAAACGAUAACCUCUGGUGGUCGGCUGCAGCAGUCUGUGUGGGAUACAACACUUGGAGAAGACAGGUCAUGGUCCAUAUGUUUUUGAGUAUACGUUAGAUUAGUGCAUAUGACAUUCUUUUCAUUCCAGUGCUUGUGUUUGUUCUUGGUCUCGUGAUCUGACAAUGUAUAGACAAAGGGAAUGGGUAGAGUAAAUCUAGAAUGGAUUUCGAGUUCCUUGGCAAAAAUAAGGCAAAUCUUGAACCGUUAUUGCCUCCACAUGCUCCACACAGAAUUGCCCGACUGUCCUAUUUGAUUGUGCAGCUAAAACCAUCCCCAUCUUGAAUAUGUAAUGAAGCCGGCAUUUAUUCUUA